UUCUCCAGCCGUUAGGAAACGAGGCAAGAAAGAUAAAAAAGCCCCCCUUUUUCAUCACCGCCCUCUUCUUCCGCCGCCGUAACCAUGGCCCCCGCCGGCGGAAGCGACAAGACGGGAGAAUCCGGCGGGUCGCCCAUGCGCCAUGGCGUCGAUCGAAGUGCUGCUGGUGGUGGUGGUGGUGGUGCGGCAGCAGAUCAGGAUCUUGGGACAGAAUCUGGUAUUGGAAAGAUGAAAGCAGCAGUUAUGUCCAAAAAUUUGAUAAAACUGGAUGGGACUGGAGAACAUAAGGUGGCAUACGAUGAUUAUCAGAGGAUUUUAAAGGAGAUUGAAGACCUGAAGGCUGAAUUAGAUGAGGAUGUGAAAGAGCUUGGAUACUGUGAGGCGAAUCAGAAGCUGAGAGCUGAGCUGGCUCUUAAGGCGAAAGAGAUGCAGUGCCUGAGGAAGCAGAAUGAGGAGAUGCAAUGCAACAAUGAUGGAAUGAGAAAGCAGAAUGAUUUGCUGCAGGCCAAGAGUGACGUCAUGGCGAAGCAGAAUAAGGAGCUGCAAGCCAAGAAUGAUAACCUGGUGAAGGACAAUGAGGAGCUGAGAACCAAUAUAGACAAAAUGGGUAAGCGGAAUGGAGAGCUGCAAGCCAAGAAUGGUGGCCUAACAAAGUGGAAUCAGGAGCUGCAAGCCAAGAAUGAUGGCCUGAAGAAGCAGAGUGAGGAGCUGCAAGCCAAGAAUGAUGGCCUGACAAAGAAGAUUGAGGAGCUGCAGGCCAAGAAUGUCAGCUUGGUGAAGCAGAACGAGGACUUGCACGCCAAUAAUGACAGCAUGUGCAGGCGGAAUGGGGAGCUGCAAGCCAAGAAUGGUGCCCUUAGUAUGCGGAAUGAGGAUCUGCAAGCGAAGAAUGACAACCUGACAAAGUUGAUUGAGGAGCUGGAAGACGAGAAUGACGCCCUGGAAGAUUUGAGUGGAAGUCUUGUGAGGAAAGACCGUCAAAGUGAUAAUGAACUACAGCAAGCCCAACAAGAGUUGACUAUGGGUUUGGAGGACAAGUUAAAUGGGCAGACAGCUAUUGGGAUCAAAAGAAUGGGAGAACUUGACAAGAAGCCAUUUCAAAAUGCAUGUAAGAGAAAAUACAGAAACAUUGAUUACCAGACCAAAGCUGCAGAGCUGGUGUCAAGUUGGCAGGAUGAAUUAAAGAAUCCAUCCUGGCAUCCUUUUCUGGUUGUUCAGGUUAAUGGAGAGGAUAAGGAAGUUCUAGACAAUGAUGAUGCAAAACUGAAGCUCCUGCGGUUUGAGUACGGCAACGAUGUGUGCAACGCAGUGAAGACCGCACUGAUGGAGAUAAACAAGUACAACCCAAGUGAGCGGGAUCUGGUGCCCGAGUUCUGGAACUUCAGGAAAGGCCGGAAGGCGACGAUAAAGGAGGUGCUCUACCUGUUCGGACAGAUGGAGAUGACGACCAAGCGCAGGAGGGUCUGAGGCACCCUGGCCUGCGUGACCACCAAGCUAAUAAGCGCCAUUGGUACCGUUAUGGGAGCCCGCGCUGCUGGAUCCCCUCCUGACAUAGGAAACGUAUCCUCUGCGUUCCUUUGUGUAACAACAUUACAAGCAUAUGUGAUAUGUGCAUGUGGUGCUGUUGCCGCUUCCGUCCUAAAAACUGAUGUGAUCUGCUAACUGAAUGGUACCAAUCCGUGGCUUUCGUGCUCUUCUUAGGUGUCUGUAUAUUUGGAGGUGUACAUAUGUAGUAGUGCAAGUGCUGACAAGCUUGGCUCCUCUUGUAAUCGGUUAAUCAUGAUGUCUGUUUUCAGCAUUUGUACCGUACUUUAGUUACCUGAUGUUGGUCUAAUGAUGCUUGUGUUCAUUUGUUUAGAAAAAAAUCUGUGCAAUAGCA